UCCUCCCUAUAUAUAAAAGUACAAAACAACCCUUCCACCGGUAGUGUUCUUUGUGGAGGCUACAGAACAAUAGAGUUCAGCGAUGAAGUUCUUCUUUUGAAUUGCUUUCGUUUGCAAUAAUUAAUGCAACAUAACUGCUUUCCCUUUUGGCAAUAUCCAAUGUGUUUGAGAAUUGAGAACUCCAUAGAGUUUCUUUCUUUUUCUCAGCCAAGACAGAAAACCCACCAUUGAAUCAUUUUUCAUAAAAAUUAGACCUUUUAUUUGUGAUUCUCUUCUCUUUCUCUUUUGUGAUUCAUUUUCUUUUAGACACCCCUCUAAAUCCAAAUCAAUCAAUUGUACAAAUGGGUUCUCUUCUGUGCUUGCUUUUGGUUAUUCUUUCAUUGUGCUAUUGUGUUUCUGCUUCUUGCUCUAAUGGAGACUGCAAGCUUCUUGAUGAGUGCUCGUCUGAUCAUGAUUGUGGAGUUGGGCUCUUUUGUUUCUCAUGCCCACUUGGAUUUUCUGGCUCUAGGUGUGUGAGAUCAUCCAUCACAGAUCAAUUCAAGCUCAUAAAUAAUUCUUUACCAUUCAACAAAUAUGCAUUUUUGACAACACACAACGCUUUUGCCAUUGAUGGAGAACCAUCUCACACAGGAGUGCCUCGAGUAACCAUCACUAACCAAGAAGACAAUAUAACCCAGCAGCUAAAUAACGGAGUUCGGUCAUUGAUGCUUGAUACAUAUGAUUUUGAUGGAGAUGUGUGGUUAUGCCAUUCAUAUGGAGGCCAGUGCUAUGACUAUACAGCUUUUGAACCAGCUAUAGAUACACUGAAGGAAAUUGAAGCAUUUCUAUCAGCCAACCCAAAAGAAAUUGUCACACUCAUAUUGGAAGAUUAUGUUGAAAAACCCAAAGGACUGACAAAGGUCUUCACUGACGCUGGUUUGAUGAAGUUUUGGUUUCCCAUCACAAAAAUGCCAAAAAAUGGUGGAGAUUGGCCUUUUGUGAGUGAUAUGGUUGCUAAGAACCAAAGAUUACUAGUGUUCACUUCUGUCAGGUCUAAGGAAAAAAGCGAAGGCAUUGCCUACCAGUGGAAUUACAUGGUUGAAAAUCAGUAUGGGGAUGGUGGAAUGAAAGCAGGAAGCUGUCCAAACAGGGCAGAAUCACCUCCUCUUAAUGACAAAAGCAAGUCCUUGGUGUUGGUAAACUACUUUCGAUCCGAUCCAAUUAAACCGGUCACAUGUAUUGAUAAUUCAGGAGGUCUCAUUAAAAUGCUACAAACAUGCCAUGGUGCUGCUGGCAACCGGUGGGCUAAUUAUGUUGCUGUUAAUUACUACAAGAGGAGUGAAGGAGGAGGAUCAUUCCAAGCCGUGGACACUCUCAAUGGGAAGCUCUUGUGUGGCUGUGAUGACGUUCAUGCAUGUGUGCAUGGAUCUACUUCACAAGCUUGCUCAUCAUACAAAGCAAAGCAACAAGAGCAACAAGCUUCUGGAAAAUUUUUUGAUUCAUAUAAACUGUAAUUGCUUGUCUUUUAUCCCAGUCUUCCAGCUUCGGAUACAAUCAUACAAAGUCUAUUUUCUGCAUUCAUAGUCUUACCAGAUUAUGUUCGAUUCAGUACUUGUGUGACAUGAAGAUUCACAAUUAGAAUAGCUUUAGUUGACAUAAUAUGCUUAAACGUGUAUAACCAAAAAUAUAAAGUACAUGUUUUGGCAGAAUA